UCUCUCUCUCUCUCUCUCUCUCUUGCUCUAUAUAUAUAUUCCCAUCUUCUAAUCAUCAUCCAGAAAUAUAAUUAUAUCACAAAAAUAACAUAUAUAGACAUGAGGGCUUCGGCUUUCACAGUUUCUUGUCUGCUGUUGGCGUCCCUUUUGCUUGGAACUUCAGCUGAGCAAUGUGGUAGGCAAGCUGGGGGUGCCUUAUGCCCAGGAGGCCUAUGUUGUAGCCAAUUUGGUUGGUGUGGUAACACGCCUGAUUACUGUGGUGCCACCUGCCAAAGCCAAUGUGGCGGUGGAGGUAGCGGCGGCGGAGACCUUACUAGUAUCAUCUCAGGAGCAACGUUUAAUCAGAUGCUCAAACAUAGAAAUGAUGGUGGUUGCCCGGCCAAGGGAUUUUACACCUAUGACGCUUUUAUCUCAGCAGCCAAAGCUUUUCCUACCUUCGGCACCACCGGGGAUGUUGCGACACGUAAAAGGGAGAUUGCUGCCUUCUUUGCCCAGACAUCUCAUGAAACUACAGGAGGGUGGGGAACUGCACCAGAUGGACCAUUUGCUUGGGGAUAUUGCUAUCUGAGGGAACAAAAUCCAGGGUCUUACUGUUCUCCAAGUCCCACUUUUCCUUGUGCUCCUGGCAAACAAUAUUACGGUAGAGGUCCUAUCCAAAUUUCAUGGAAUUACAAUUAUGGGCAGUGUGGGAGAGCCAUAGGCGUAGACCUAUUGAACAAUCCAGACCUUGUGGCAACAGAUGCAGUCAUUUCUUUUAAGACAGCAAUAUGGUUCUGGAUGACUGCACAAUCUCCAAAGCCCUCUUGCCACGAUGUCAUCAUCGGCCGAUGGUCGCCCUCCGCUGCUGAUAGGUCAGCCGGAAGAGUUCCAGGUUAUGGUUUGGUAACAAACAUCAUCAAUGGUGGUCUUGAAUGUGGUAAGGGUUGGAAUGCCAAAGUUGAAGAUCGCAUUGGGUUCUAUAAGAGAUACUGUGAUAUACUUGGAGUUGGCUAUGGUAACAAUCUUGACUGCUACAACCAAAAACCGUUUGGAAAUGGGCUUUUGGACUUGGUAGAUGCUCUAUAAUAAAUUUCCAUGUUGUACUCAGAGGAAUAAAAUAAAUAAAACAUGUCUCUCAUUUUCGUUA